CUCCUACGUCUUAUUCCUCUCUUUCUCCUUCCCACCCGACCUCUCCGGGCAGCCGACAUCAGAAAUGGCAAACCGAGAGGUGAUUGAAAUCGACGACGACAGUGAGCCGUCGUCCGGCCCGCCUGAGCCGCCACCCCAUCAGCCGGCGGCUCUGGCAGCAGCGGCUCAUGCGCCGAUGCCGCCGCCCGGGCAGCUCCAGGUCGGCAACGUACUCGUUGGCCGAUAUCGAGUCACCGGGACCCUCGGAAACGGUGCAUUCGGUAAGCCGUGACGUAGGAUACAUCGAGGGGGGUCUGGGAGGUGCAUGCGAUGCGUGGGCACAAAUGCGUGUGUAUGUGUUGCGUGUUGGGCAGGUAGUGUGUAUUGUGUGACGGACACGGUGUCCCGGACGCCACAGCAGCUGGCGGUCAAGUACUGUGCGGAGGAUGACGGAGGCAAGAGCGUGGAGUUUUACCAAAAGAGAGACUACGACACCUUGAAGGCGCUGCAGGGUAGGCAGGCACACAAAGGACUGGCUGGGAGACGGGAGACGGGAGCGGGGAGGGGGGAGGGGAUCAGGCGCAUGACCUUGUCGUCGAGUCGUGUUGUGUGCAUCAUGUCUGUGUGUCUGUGUGUGUGUGUGUGUGCUAUAGGGAUCCAGGGCAUCGCACGCGAGUUUGGCACAUUCCCCGCCACCAAUGAGUGAGCCAACCCCACCCAACCCGCGACGCACACACAGCCUGGAGCAUGGUCCGUCCCCUGUUGACUUGUGUGGUGUGGUUUGUGCGUGUGUGUCCUGACAGGCACCGGUCGUUCUUCUUGAUGGAGUUACUUGGAGACUCUCUGCACACACUGCACAGCUGGGCGCGGCGGUUCACCGUAGCCACUACCGCCAGCAUCGGGGUAAGGACGGUAGAGAGGCACGCUGACGGACGGACUGACUGACUGACGACGCCUGCUUGACGGCUGUGGGGGCUUUGUCUUGUCUUGUGGUGUGUUGCAGAUCCAGCUGUUGGACGUGUUGACCAAGAUGCACGAGCGUGGGUUCUUGCACCGGUGGGCCACACACGCAGACGCACACUCAUCUCUGCACACACACCUCCAUUCUCUCUCUGUCGGUCUGUGUGUGUGUGGGUUCUCCAUUUGCAGCGACAUCAAGCCGUGCAACAUUGUGAGCGGGGGCAGCGAUAGCUACCGUAAGCCAGCCGAGGAAACACUAUACCCCCACCACACACCUGCCUGUCAUGCCCUCAUUCAUCCCUCGUCCGUCUGUCUGUCUGCCUGUCUGUCUGCCUGGCCACAGGCCCCCAGCGACGGGGCGAUAUCUUCCUCGUGGACCUCGGCAUGGCCAAAAAACACCUCGACCACAACGGACGGUACGCACACACCACACCACACCGCAGCAAUUGGCCACUCACAUCCAUCACAUUUGUGUUUGUGUGGUGUGGUGGGCGUGUGUGUGUGUGUGUGUGUCGUGGGUACCCACAGCCCGCUGCCUCCGCGUUCGUCGGCGGCCUUCUGCGGCACGUCCUACUUCGCGUCGCUCAACACACACGAGAACAAGGAGCAGGGCCGGCUCGACGACCUCUACUCGCUCUGGUUCACGCUGCUCGAACUCAUGCUGCACGAGCUCCCCUGGGCCCGCAUCGACUGGGUAGGUACAAACCACACGCAACGCAACGCAUCCCAUACCACACACACACACGCAUCUAUGUCGACCUCUGGGCUCUCUCUCUCUCUCUCUCUCUGUGUGUGUGUGUGUGUGUGUCGUCAGGAUGACUACGACAGGGUCUGUCGUGCCAAGAAGGAGCUCUUCAACGCCAUGAAGAAGCUAUGGGCGGCGCAGAAGGCCCACGAGCAGCGGUACGGCGACCUGCCCGAGGAGUCGCGGCCCGCGCCGCCGAUCCCCAAGCCCCACUUCCCCUCCUACUACGUGCGCCGACACGGGCAGCUCAAGCCCGAUGGCCCCUCGGGCAAGCCGCGGUCCGCAGACCCGUGCAUAGUGCCCGAUGGCGGGUUGAAUCGGGCGGAGGAACUCGCCAAGGCGCUGCCCACACAGAUGGUCAGUCAGUCGGUUAACAAAAGACACAAGGAGUGGAGGGAGUGGACGGGGGUCGUGUUGGGCGUGCAGUGCACCUGACGUUGUGUGUGGUGUUGUGUGUGUGUGGUGUGUGCAGCAUGAGUUCAUCGAGGAACUAGAUAGGUACCGGUACGAGACCAAGCCCAACUACGCCCGCCUUCGGUGCGUCCGUCCUCAGACCACCCACACAGACACACACAGCACAAGGCGGCCGCGUCACUCACUCGCCCGUUGUCUGUGCCUUCUGCGCCUGCCUGCCUGUCUGUCUGUCUGUCUGCCCGCCUGCCUUCAUCACAUCAGGGGCCUUCUGUUGUCGAUGCUUGAGGAGUAUUCUCAUGGCGAGGGUGUGGCGGGCUGGGACGUAACUCGCGAGUUCGGCCCCAACCUUUACUGGCAGGCCGGCAAAAAGGAGGCCGAAUUGUGGGACCGGUUCACCAAGGAGCAGCAGCGCCGCAAACAACAGCAGGUAGGGUACACCAGCCAGCCAACCCCACACACAACAACCCCCCCCCUCCCCCCAACACAUGCACACAUGGAUGGAUGGCCGUGUGUCCGCCACAUUCAUUCCCACACAUGUCCUGUCCUCCUGUGUGCUUUGACCCUGUUCGUUUCCUCAGGCUCGCCCACCCGCGCCUGCCCGCCCCACGCCCCCACCCCUCGCGCCCUCACCCCCUAUGCGUCAGCGAGACAUCCGUGACCUCCUCCCACCAGCCCCAGCCCCAGCCCCAGCCCCAGCAGCAGCAGCAGCGGCAGGAGGCAAGAAGCGCCAGAUACCCGUUGUGGUGCUCGACGAGAGCGACGACGAGACCCCUCCGCAGAAAAAACAGCGCGGCAACGACAGGGAGCCUAAGCGGGGCAAGGACAGGGGCAACGGAGGCCAGGGCCAGGGACAGGGACAGCGCAGGGAGAGGGGCGAGCCAGCUGCCGCUGCUGCAGCAGCGGCAGCGGCAGCGGCAGCUCCUCCUGCUCCACCCAACAUGCCAUCGGUCAUCAUAUUGGACCACGACCCCAUAGCAGCGGAGGCCCCGGCCCCUCCAGCCCCACCGCAGUUGCCACUCGUCCCUCCUGCUGCUGCUGCUGCAGCGGCGGCGGCUGCUGCCCCAGCCUUGCGGUUGGGUGUGAGUCCCAAGCCAAAGCCGCUCAUCAGUCCCGGCAGCGAUGCCGAGAUGGCCCAGCCCCACCAGCUGCAGCAGGGCCUCCUUGCCCUCCCGUACUCGCCGCAGGCGUACCCACUUGUACCAGCUGGGGGGCAGCAGGGAGCAGGUUUUGGUGGAGGUGGUAUCGGCGGGGCUGGGCAGGGCGAGCGUGACGUUAGCAUGAGCCCGCGAGGCGGCCGUGGAGGCCGUGUGGAUGGUGACGUGUUGAUGGCGGACCGUGUUGGUGGGCGAGCGUUGGUGUUAGCGGACAAGAGCCCCGUCGCCAUGUGAGCAGGGAGGCUGGGUGGGUGGGUGGAGGGGCAAAAGGGAUGUAUGCGAUGCAUCCAUCCAUCUAUCCAUCGAUACGAUAGAUACAUGUACGCCGCAUACAUGACACGCAUGGGCCGAUUGUGUUUGUGUGUGCACUGCAGGCCGGCCCCUGCAGCAGCUGCAGCACCUGCACCCAUCCUAUCGCAUCAGCACCAGCAGCGUGGCGAGCCAGCCAACGGCGGGCACCCCGUCGGGCCGGGCGGCGGCCUGCGUGUCAGCCCUCGCAUCCAGAAGAAGCAGGACCGCCAGCAGCACCAGCAACAAUUGCGUGAGGAGUUCGGUGACGGGCCCAUCUGCAUUGACUUGCUGGACGACUCGGACGAAGACGGAUCCCUGCCGGCCGCAGCGGCAGCUUCACCAGCAGCAGCAGCAGCAGCAGCAGGAGGGGGUGCAGAGGAGGACAAGGGCCCUGCAGAUCGACAGGUGGCGCCGGUCAUCUCGCCCCGUGGUCGGCGUGCGGCCCGGCGCGGCCAUGAGCGUGCAUUUGGCGGCCAUGCCGACGGGGGCGGGCCGAUGUGCAUCUCUAUUGACUCAGAAUAAGAAUAGUGGAGGGCGGAUCAGUGUUGGAGAGAGAGAGAGUUGAGGUUGGUUGUUUGUUGAGAUUGAGAGGCACGAGAGAGGGAGAGAGUUGAGGUUGGUUGUUGGUGGAGAGUGAGAGGCACGGCAGACAGACAGACAGACGUUCAUUCAUUCAUUGCACACAUCACAUGCAUCCGCGAGCCAGGUAUAGCAAAGCGGAUGCUGGUGCGUGCGUCUGUCUGCCGGUGUAUUUGAAGCGUCCAUCCCUCUAUGAAAUCAAAGGUGGAUGGAUGGGUGGCUGCAAUUUUGCGGUUUGGAGGAGCGAGGGGCGAUAUAUUCGGACACAACAGACGUGUCUGUUUGUUGGGGUGAGGAGGGGAGGGGACACACCGACCCACUCACUCCAUGUACCGUACGUACCUCUAUCUAUCUCUUGUCUACCCACCUAUCAUUCUCUGUGUACACGUAUAUAACUACCCCUCACUGUAUGUAUUGCAUCACAUUUCAUUGCAUUCCAUUCCAUUGCAUUGCACGGCAUUGGAUGGCUUUGCGCCGCGCCUGAGGUGCCCUUUGUGUGCCUCUCGUGCAGUGCACUGCAGGGCCGUGCUGUGCCGUGCCGCCCGUGCGUGUGUUCGCGCUUCAUGAGUGCAUGCAGGGAGACACUUUUUCGAUUUGCAUACUCACAGACUGACAGACAGACAGACAGACAGACAGAUUUCGUCGGUGCCUGCCUGCCUGCCUCAUUUAAG